AGUUUGGACCAGAUGCCUCCGAUACAUGUUGUGCCUACUUUCUGGUACUUAUGUUCAGUCUAUAUGUUGUUUGGUUAGUGGUUGUAUCUAUCAGCGGCGCAAGGAAGAGUUGGUGGCCAUCGCCCAGGAGUUCGGGCUAGAUAAGGAAGGGUGCGUGGAGGAACUGCGUAGGCGGCUAUCCACCUCCGUGCAGGAGGGCAGCCAUUCGUCUGAGAUCUGGGCUCGGCUUGCCGAGCUGGAGUCUCAAUUCGCGAAAACGUUAGAGCUGCUAUCCUGGGGCGUCCCAUCUGACGUGGCUGGACGGCCGUGCCAAAAGUCAGAGCCUGAUCAUAGGAGCUCACAAUUGUACAGGCGUCCGCGGCCGCCUAUCCCUGGUGUGGCCGUCACGGGUGUGGAAGAGGCUCCCGAUCCCAAGGAAAAUUGAGACCGCCGUGCAACCACGACCAACGUAGGCGUGGGGCCCAACCACCAUAUUCUCGGUCGGAGGUUAGGCCUUUCACAAACGCUCCGGAACAAGUUCGGAGGUGGGGCAUGAGAUACGAUGAUCGCUCCGACCCCCUCGAGUUCUUGGAGACCUAGAGAAACGCGCCAUCGCCCUCGAUAGAUUACCCCGGCCGAUGAGUGAGGUGUUCUGCGACAGGGGCGGUCGGUGGGUUUAGAGAUGUGCUAUGGUCGGUGUUCAGGAGGGGUUUUUGAUUCUUCCUGUUCUUCCUGCCCCACGCUACUUCGAAUGGCUUGAGGACGAAAUCCGGUCCUACAGGCAACGCGAGGGGGAGGAAUUCAUGGAGUACCUGUUAGAGCUGAGAGCUCUGAUGCAUCACGCCAGAUACGAACCGGCACAGGAGUUGCACCGGAUCUACGAAAACGCCGCUCCCGAAUACAAACUCUAUAUUGAAUACAAAGUGCCAACUCAAUUAAUUUGAUGUAACAA